CCUGUAGUUGUGUCUCUAACAAUUAUUUGGUUCGACAAGCAGAAAAAUGAUUAUUUAUUAUCCCCAAGCCCUGUUACAUCUUUUCUUUUUUACAGUAACGUCAACUAUGUAAGACUUUAACCUUUCUGAGUCCUGAAAGAGAUUUUUGGGGCUAGAGAGCAUGUGAUCCUGAAUUAGGCCAUAAAUAAUAACAUAUUUAGUUUCUGUGUGCUGAAGGCUACACACAGAGGCUGUAAUCCAAUAUACCAUAGGAAAAUCUACUGAAUGCAGUGGAACUGACUUAAAUAUCCAUAGAAUUGGGCUGUUAAAUCACUGUUGGAGCCAGCAGCUGUCAAGCCUAUCAUAUGCCUUCCAUAUACUUCUGAAUCACAUAUAUAUGAUCAUGUUUUUACAGAAUCAUAGAAUAGUAAAGUUGAAAGGGGCCAGUAAGGCCAUUAAAUCCAACCCCUUGCUCAGUGCAGGAAUCCAGCUUAAAACCUACCUGACAGGUGGCUGUCCAGCUGCCUCUUGAAUGCCUGUAGUGUUGAGAAGCCCACCAGCUCCCUAGGUCAUUGGUUCCAUUGUCAUAUCGCUCUAACAGGAAGUUUUUCCUGAGAUCAGCCGAAAUCUGGCUUCCUGCAACUUGAGCCCAUUAUUCUGUGUCCUGCACUCUGGGGCAGAGAUCCUGGCCCUCUUCUGUGUGACAACCUUUCAAGUACUUGAAGAGUGCUACCAUAUCUCCCGUCAGUAUUCUCUUCUCAAGGCUAAACAUGCCCAGUUUUUUCAGUGUCUCCUCACAGGGCUUUCUUUCCAAUCCCCUGAUCAUCCUUGUUGCCCUCCUCUCAACCUGUUCCAGUUUGUCUGCAUCCUUCUUAAAGUGUGGCAUCCAGAACUGGAUGCAGUACUCAAGAUGAGGCCUAAUCAGUGCUGAAUAGAGGAGAACCAAUACUUCAUGUGAUUUGGAAACUAUACUUCUGUUAAUGCAGCCUAAAAUAGCAUUUGCCUUUUGUGCAGCCACAUCGUACCAUUGGCUCAUAUUCAGCUGUGAUCAACAACAAUUGCAAGACCCUUCUCUCAUGUAGUAUUGCUGAGCCAACUAUCCCCCAUCUUAUAACUGUGCACUUGGUUUCUUUUUCCUAGGUUUAGAACUUUGAAAUUUAACAGGGGUAAGUGCGUUAUGUUGUUUUCAGCCCAAUGCUGCAGCCCAUCAAGCUCCCUUUGAAUUUUGUUUCUGUCUUCCAGGAUAUUAGCUAUCCCUCCCAAUUUUGUAGCAUCUGCAAAUUUGAUAAGCAUUCCCUGCACCUCCUCAUCCAAGUCAUUAAUAAAAAUGUUGAUGAGCACUGAGCCCAGGAUUAAGCCUUGCGAUACCUCGCUUGUUACCUCUCCCCAGUUUGAGAAGGGUUGCCACAAUGCGUUCAGAUUCUUAAAUUACUCUGAGCAAACAGUCUGUGGAGACGAAGCCAUCCUAAGAGCAGAAGGUGCAGCAAGGAGGACUCUGUGCCAAUGCAGCAACAAAAAAGACAGCCAGAGUUAGUGGAAGGAAAUCUUCCUGUCUUUGUAUUUCCCACUGAGCUUAUAUUUUAUGCUGACGACCAGUCAACACACAAACAGGUGUUGACUCUCUAUAAUCCCUAUGAAUUUGCCUUAAAAUUCAAAGUCCUUUGUACAACUCCAAAUAAAUAUGUUGUUGUGGAUGCUGCAGGUGCUGUGAAGCCUCAAUGCUGCGUUGAUAUUGUGAUUCGCCACCGAGAUGUUCGGCCUUGCCACUAUGGCGUGAUAGACAAAUUUCGGCUCCAGGUCUCUGAACAAAGCCAAAGGAAAGCAUUGGGGAGGAAAGAGGUCAUUGCUACUCUGCUCCCUACUGCGAAAGAGCAGCAGCAGAAGGAAGAGGAAGAAAAGAGGAUAAAGGAGCACCUGACGGAAAGUGUCUUUUUUGAGCAGACUCUGUGUCAGCCAGAAAACAGAAUUGCCUCAUCAGGGCCUAGUUUACUCACAGUCUUCCUGGGAAUCGUGUGCAUUGCAGCUCUCAUGCUUCCCACACUGGGGGAAGCUGAUUCCCUGGUGCCUCUCUACCUCCACUUAAGUGUGAAUCAAAAGUUAGUAGCUGCUUAUGUAUUAGGUCUCAUCACCAUGGUUAUCCUGAGAACAUGAGUGAUAAUUUAAUUGGAUGUCAAGAUUUUAUUCUUUUCUUUUUUACUGUGUUAUAAAUUCACAUCAUGAAUAUGGACUGCCUUUGACUCCCAUUUGGCUCAUUAAGAUGCUACAAAAACAAUUCAGUGAUUUACAGUACCUUUUUUUAAACAAAAAAGCCAAGUUUUAACUAUGUUUAACUGAAAAGACUCAAGCGCUCAGAGGUGCUUUUGUUACAGACAGCUAUAAAAUUGUUCAGUGACAAUAUCUGUGAAAUGAAUCCAGAGAAACUUUUAUAUCUAUGUCUACUGUAUAAAAAUCUUAUUAAAUUAAUACUUUGAUUUUAAA